AUGGCUGCAGAAUCAAGCCGAUCCCAGAGUCCCGGCUCGCGCAGUAGCGGAAAUGCGGCGGAAACAAUGCCUUUGCUUGUCGGCGGCCAACUUGCCCCUGAUGCCGAUACCGAAGCUUCCACCCUCAUCGGCACCGCGUCGUCCGGCGCUGCUUCCGUGACUGGGGACUACGGAACCGUUGGGACCUCCGGAGAUGGUGCCGCCGAAGGUGUUGCAGCGCCGGCAGACACGAAGCCGUUGUCCAAGCCUUUCCCAACGCUCCAGAUCCUGCUGCUAUGCUACGCGCGUGUGAUGGAGCCUAUUGCCUUUUUCUCCAUCUUUCCCUUUAUCGCACAGAUGGUACAGCAAAACGGCAACCUUCCCAAGAGUGAUGUAGGUUUCUACAGUGGCCUCAUCGAGUCUCUUUUCUCAGCUACGCAGAUGGUUGUCCUGAUCAGCUGGAGUCGUCUUGCCGAUCGGAUCGGCCGGAGACCCGUUCUUCUCAUCACUAUGUUCGGCACCGCUGUUGGUCCUGUGUUGUUCGGCAUGUCCAAGACUAUCGGGCAGAUGAUCCUCUUUCGAUGCAUGGCAGGUGUCUUUUCGGGUUCCGGUCUUGUCAUCAGGACCAUGAUCUCGGAACUGAGCACCCCCGACACACAAGCCAAGGCAUUUAGCUGGUUCGCUUUUGGAGGAAACGUGGGAAUCUUUCUGGGGCCUCUUAUCGGUGGUGCCCUUGCAGACCCUGCUCAUCAAUUUCCAAAGGUCUUUGGGGGUAUCCAGUUCUUUAUCGACUAUCCCUACGCACUACAAGGCUUUGUUGUUGGUGCGAUUAGCUCGACGGGCUGUAUUACCAGUUUUUUCCUCCUCAAAGAGACCCUCCACGAGCCUAAACAUUCGCCCCAUACAGUAAUUACUCAGCCACCGUCAUCUACAUGGCAGCUUAUCAAGUCUCCUGCAGUGGCUAUUGUCCUUUGGGUCUACGGCCACGCCAUGUUUCUCGCGUUUGCUUUCACAGCUAUUAUUCCCGUCGUUCUCUAUACCCCUAUUGAUCUUGGCGGCACAGGUUUCGACUCGUUCCAGAUCUCUAUAUACAUGGCUGUUCAAGGCGCCAGCCAAGCGGUGUGGCUACUGGUGGCCUUCCCUCUUCUUCAUCGUCGUUUCGGCACGCGCGGCGUGAUGAAGCUCUGCGGAUACUCAUACCCCUGGUUUUUCGUCGGCUUCAUCCUUCUCAACACACUCCUACGCGCGCAUACGCAUGACGCCACGGUCGCUUUCUGGAUUUUGGCUGCGAUAGUCAGCGUCGUUGGGCCUGGCGUGUCCAUGGCUUUUACAGGUGUGCAAUUGGCUCUGAACGAUGCAGCGCCUGAUCCAAAGGUUGUGGGUACACUGAAUGCUCUUGCUUUGAGUUUGGCAAGCGGUAUCAGGGCUGUUGUACCUGGUGUAGCGACGGCUAUUUACGCUGUAGGUGUUCGCGGCCAGAUUCUUGGGGGUCAUCUGGCUUGGGUGGUCCUUGUACCUUUUGCCAUGGCUUUUGCUGUUGCCUGUAAUAUGAUUCCCGAGGGAAAACGGCCGAGUCAGAAUAAUGAUGAAGAAAAUGAAGGCUAG